CCUCACUUAAUUUGUUGUUUAUUUGAGGGCCUAAUGACAGACACAUAAUGGAAUGAGUAUUUGUGAAUGUUUGUUUAUAUCUAGAUACAGCAUUCACAUAUCUUUUAAGUGCCACCUUCCAAAAACAAUGUCAGCCAGAAAAAUAACUGAUGAAUCUAAUUACAUUUCAAGUCAAAAAGUUUUCCUUUAACCACUUUGCUCCAGAUGCUUAAAAACAUGCGUUGCUCACAUACAUGGUGUCACGUAGGCUCGUGAGUGGUAACUUAUCUAAUUUCUAAUAAUUUCUAAUAUAAUUUCUGUGUGUGUGUGUGUGUGUGUGUGUGUGUGUGUGUGUGUGUGUGUGUUUUAUGUAUGAGUGACACUGGCCAAGGGCAACAAAAAUCCAAUAAAAAAAUAUGCCCACUGAAAUGGCAGUCCCAUAAAAGGGUCAAAGCAGUGGUCAAAAGUUGAUGAAUAAGUGUCUUGAAACCUCCCUCUUGAAGGAAUUCAAGUCAUAGGAAGGUGGAAAUACAGAAGCAGGCAGGGAGUUCCAGAGUUUACCAGAGAAUGGGAUGAAUGAUUGAGAAUACUUGUUAACUCUUGCAUUAGAGAAGUGGACAGAAUAGGGGUGAGAGAAAGAAGAAAAUCUUGUGCAGCGAGGCCGUGGAAGGAGGGGAGGCAUGCAGUUAGCAAGAUCAGAAGAGCAGUUAGCAUGAAAAUAGCGGUAGAAGACAGCUAGAGAUGCAACAUUGCGCCGUGUUGCCACGGUGACGGUGGUGGUGGGCAUGACACAGAUGCGGGAGGUGGAGUUUGUGCCCGAUGGAGACAUGCAGCUGGACAAAUUGUGUUGGUCAUUGGUCAGACUGGAGUUUACAUGUGUACCUCCUUCACCAUCAUUGGUGGACACUUCACCUUGAGUGAUGCUUGAGCUGUCAUGGUGCUGCUGCUGUUGUCUGCCAUCAUCCCCCUGACACAGACCACCCUGCAGACCACCUUCAUCCUGGGUGCCACACGUCACUGCUGCUACAACUCAGAGCAACUGGAGCGCAAACCAGGAAGGGAAAUGGUUACCUUCUUGUUGAUGUGCAAUCUUGCUAUGUGGGCGAUGAACACCUCUGAGACAUCACGAGCAGAUGCCCAUCCAGCACAGCUCAACUUGUAUGGAAUCUGGACCUGGACCAUCAUAUCAAUGCCACUGGCUUUGAUAUGUGUUUGAUAUGGCUUCUAUUGCUUUCAAGUGACCAUCUGCCUCUGUGAAAUAUGGAAGAUCUUACAAGCUCAAGCAUGAGUAUUAAGCAAGUUAUAGGAAUGCUAGUAUGAGUGUGGUGUGUCUGAAUUAGCUGUCAGAGUAUUGUAAAUAUUAUUACUUAGUCUUCCCAGUUAUGAAAUUAAGAACAGUUGUGAAGUUUGCUUUAAAACCCUUCAUUAACUUUGCCACAAAACACUUUUACAUGUUAUCAAAAGUGUGUAACUGUUAUGAUGUGUGCAUAUAUAUCAUUACUACAGAAGAAUCUGGAAUUUCCCCUCAGAUUACUUUAAUGAAUGAAGCUUGAGUUCACAGAUGUGUGGUUUGUAAAUUUCACCUGUAUUCUCUCCUCUAUGGCAGUCUGUUCUGGCAAAGUUUCAUUUGUCAAAAGCAUUACAGUUUGUAAAUGAUGUGUCUUCAUAUGCCUUCACUAGCAAUUAUGAAUUACAUUGUGGUCAUGGAUUUUGUUCUUUUAAUACAGUUGCCUCAAGAUAUUCUGAGCUUUACAAUGCUGUCUUUAGUACACUGCAAGAAAAUACAGAAAUUUCAUGUGGCAACAUUUAUUUUUAAAACAUUAUUUAUUACUUUUAAAAAUAGCAAUGUGGGGCUUCCUUAAUGCAAAUAGUCUUGCCCCAAAAAACUUGUGAUGUCAAGCACUAACUUCUCUUAACACAGCACAACCAAAACCACUCAAAAUUAUACAUUAAUUUUUUUUAUAGAGCAACAUGUGUGGAAAGUGCUACCAGAAAUAUUUGCAUAACAAAUAUUUGGUUCUGGACCUUAGCACUUAUACAGUACUGCACUAACUUACACACAAGGUUAAUUAAUGAUGUAAUACUCAGGUGAAGCUGGAUUUUCAAAAGACUGAUCAAUAUUUUUUCCCAGAUGUCAUUUUUAUGCAGCUGACUGAAGGAGAAAACACUGCAAAGCUCACAGUAUUCUUCUUAAAUCUUACUAAAAUGUAUGCGCAUCACUUUCUGAUUUCACCCCAAUGGCACACAAACCAAAAUUCAUGGGUAUGGAGAUGGCUGGACUACUUCCUGUGGCCACCCCUGUUAUAUCUUAAUUUCCCACUGUCUUUCCUGUGUGCUGGUUAAGCUACUCACUGCUGAAGUCCCUGGAAACUAGGUAGAAUAAUUUAGAAUGACAUGGUUAAGUUAAUGCUGAUAAAAUCUCAUUUGUAGAAUUAUUCUUCCUCUGUUGAAGCAAAUGAUAUAACAUUGACUAGAAGCUUUCACAAUAUUUAUAAGCUUUCUUGUAUCAGAGAUCUUUUGAAAAUCCAACCAUUAAUUUGUAAAUACUUGUAUAGUGUAGCUGGCAUGAGGGUUGCAGUCUUCAUUAUUUACUAGUGGACAAGCAACAAGUGAUGGUGUGGCUCUGAGCCACUGUAGUAGGGAUGUUAUGGUCAAACCUCCAUACAUUACUGUCUCUAUCCAGUAUGAGACCGGUGUUCAAGAAGCACAAGCAUGUGCUGAAUAACAAGAAGCCGGCGUGGCUCAAGAGGAAGAGUGAGUAGGACGAGAAAAAACAGAACAAAUAAAUCCCCUACACGUGUUGUCUCCAUUGACACAAGCCAUGAAAAGCUUGUCCAUCUCUGAGUGCUAAGGAGCAGUGUGUUCAACUGAUGAUGUGGAAACUUGAGACAGCCAAUCAUUUAAUGGACUUUAGUAGGUUUUGUCACCAGUCUUCUGUGUGUCACUCACUACAUUUUGAAAUUUUUACUUGUUCUAUUUAAU